ACCGCCUCACCUCCACGCAUGGCCACAAAUUUUAUAACAAGUCAACCACCCUCGCCCUCACCUGCACGCAAGGAUCAAAAUCCAGUAACAAGUCAACCACCCUCGCCCUCACCUGCACGCAAGGAUCAAAAUCCAGUAACAAGUCAACCACCCUCGCCCUCACCUGCACGCAAGGAUCAAAAUCCUGUAACAAGUCAACCACCCUCGCCCUCACCUGCACGCAAGGAUCAAAAUCCUGUAACAAGUCAACCACUCUCGCCCUCACCUACACGCAUGGAUCAAAAUUCUGUCGAAAAAAGCCAGUCAGCCUCAUCCUCGCCUUCAGUCUCCAUAGCAUCUGCUAUUGUCACAGCAGUGACAGCAUCUGCUUCAUCAGCAGCUACUACCAAAAUCACAGACGUAUCAGCUACCCUCAAUUCUUCAGCUAGUUUGAAAAAUCACACCUCCUUCCAAUCAAACUCUUCCUUUCAAGCAGCCAAUUCAACUAUCAUGUCUGCAACUGAUUCUGCAAACACCUCAUCCUCAUCCAAUUCAUCCAGCACCCAUCCAGGCUCUCAGAGCCUCACACCCUCUCACAACCAGACCUCACAUCCAGGCACCAACACCACAGUGUCAACGACCACCAAAGCCACCAAAGCACCAGAUUCUGAGCCUCCACAGUGUUCUUACAAUGUCACAAAGCACAGGUCUGUCUUGAAGUUUGAAGUAAAUCGUCCCGGUAACUACAACAUAAAUGUUUUUGAAGGCCGACCGAAGACUGUAGAGAAAAUCCAAGUUCAUAACUCGACUCAAAACUCAGUAUGGAAAACUGAACCCCUGAAGCCCUGUACUGAAUACAGCCAUAAUGUUUCCUUUAUCGGAGCUGAUGGCAAAGAAAUAUUCUGUAACUCUCAGGCAAAUAAAACUAAAACAGAUAAAAUGAGUAAAGGUGACGUUAAAGAAAAAUACUGCAUCCCUGAACAUGUUUGUUAUGAAAGUGAUUGGGACCUCAGCUCUUCAAUAUCAACACCAGAUAACCUUCCAGUUAAACGAUGCAGCAAUGACAGCAAAACAUUCUGUGUCAGACCUGCGAACAAGAACAUCUGCUCAGAUUUGACCAUAACUUUCACUUCAGGAGCCUGUGUGAAUUCUUCCUUUAACUUCACCAAAAGCAUCAGUGUUGAUUUCUUAAAUUCUAAUGAAAUACAGCAGAAUAAAUCCACUGGACUUCCUGCAAAAAUAGAAGCAACAUUACCAGACUUACCAAACUGUGCUGAUCUCUCAGUUAGUUACACCUGUUCAGAAAAAGGUAAACCUGAUGAUGUGAAGCAACUGUCUGAGCUGGAGCCCUUCACAGACUACAGCUGUACUGGUCGGAUCUCAGACCACAACAUCCCCACAAAUAAGACAACUCCACCCAUCCACUUCAGGGUUGAUUGUGAUCUUACAAUAAACAACAUAAUGAACAUUACAACUGACAAUUCCAUUGAGCUGAGCUGGAAAACAACCAGUAAGAACUGCAAAGAGGUCCUUCAGAAGUUUUCUUAUGACUGCAUUUGUCAGAAAAAUGGUCAGAAACAAGGUCAGACACUUAAAGUUACAGGCACAAAACUAUCACCUGAAGGAGGAACAUGUACGAUUACUGGACUGGAUCCAUAUAAAAUUUAUACCUGUCAGGUCCAACCCAAAUACAACAACAAGAUUCGCGAUGCUACUGGAACUAAAGUUCAACUGGAAACUAAGAUUGGAAGACCUCAAGCUGUCAGGGAUCUAACAGUCACUGUUCAGGAUCAUAAUACAAUUAGAGUAACCUGGGUCAAACCAAAAUUUUUAAAUGGACCUGAGGUGAAAUACAGAGUAUAUUUGUAUAAAGCUGGUGAUAAACCACAGGAAAAAGAGACCUGGGAGACAAAUUAUGUGUUCACAGAUCUGAGCUACUCUAUGACCUACAAUGUCAAGGUGGUUGCUUUCAACGGACACUAUGAGAGCCACCCCACAACAAAAAAAGCUGAUACUCGCUACGAUGACAAAGCUGUUAUUAGGUUUCUGGUCUUCCUCAUCAUCGCCAUCAUUCUUGUGUCUCUGCAUUUUGUCACCUACAAGAUCUACAUUAAGAAGCUCAGAAAGUCCAGAAAUGAUGUGAAUGAAGAUAUGGCACUUGAAGGAGUUUAUGUGAAUGCACGACCUCCUGGAUGGUGUCAUAAAGAAGCUCGCUGAUCAAGAAAGGCAUCACGGAGCAACCAACUAAAUCACCAUUAACGCUUUAUGUUAAGCUGUGCUUAGUCUUAACAUUUUUAUGCACAAAUAUCAA